ACUAUUAAUAUCUGAACCCAGAGCUGGUUCAGCUAAACAACUCAUUCCCUCCAAGCAGAAGAAAACCACAACUUCUUCUACCCCUGGAAAAACCUUUUGUGACUGCAAGACCAGCAGCUCAGACAUAACGAGAUGGUUCUGGUUUGCUGAUGCCUCCCAGGGGAGAACAUCGAGCAGCAUGAGAGAGCUUGGCUUGGUUCUCCUCUGCCUCCUUCGCAUCUCCAGGAAGGGUGUGCAGUGCAAUGGCUGGUCUGUCCACGUCCCAUCUGAUGUUACUGGAGAGCUUGGGAAGAUGGUUAUCCUGCCCUGCACCUUCACACACCCCUACAAAACAUUCGACCGGGCCCUCACGGCCAUCUGGAGGAUCAAGGAGCCUUACAACGGCACAGUCAUCUUCAAGUGUGUGAGCCAGGGCAGCAGCGAGCUCUGCAAGACUGCCAUCAGCCACAAGAACAAGUACAAACUGCUGGGCAACCCCCGGCACAAGGACCUGUCCAUCAGGGUUGACAACCUGACCUGGAGCGACAGCGAGAGGUACUUCUGCCGGGUGGAGCUGGCCGGAGAUAUCCAGGACAAGUACGAGAGCAGGAACGGGAUAAAGCUCCAUGUGAUUGCUGCUCCCAGGAUCAUUAACAUCACGGUCAGCUCCAGCAGGGACCACACCUUCCAGGCCCGCUGCACGGCCGAGGGGGAACCAGCUCCUGCCCUGACCUGGAGUGGGCCCCUCUACAGCAACCUGAGCUCCAGCAGCAGCUCCAGCCACCGCGUCACCAAGGAGCUGCGGUCCCUGACCCACGACGGGAAAUACACCUGCACUGCUGUCAACAGCCACGGCCGCGCAGAGGGGGCCGUCUACUUCUACAAAUUCAGAGCCCCCGACAGCUCCUCCUUCAUGAUCCUGAUCUUUGUGCCGCUGGGAAUCAAGGUGGUCAUUCUGCUGGUGAUAGUGAGCUUCACCGUGUUCUCCAGAGAAGGUUCCCCCUCUGCUCCAUCCAGCCUGGCCAGGCCACAGCUGCCAGAGUGCACCUACGAGAACUUUGACCGCAGACACGGCGGCAGCCAGACCCUGCCCACGGGAGGGGCAGCGCCGCGGCGCAGCUGAGGGGCUGGGCAGGACCCAUCCCCAGGGAUGUUCUUCCCCAGGGAGCACAGCACUGGCCCUGGCUGAGCCACAGCAGGUCAGACAGCCUUGGGGAGGUUGGAACUGGAUCAUCUCUAAGGUCCCUUCCACAGUGCCAUGAGUUCCAGCCCUGCUUCUCCUCACAAGUGAGAGCAGCCUUUUUGGGGAAAAGAGAAGAAAGAGUCACGGAGCUGGAAGAGCAAAACAUGGUCAGUUUUAACCUGUUAGGUGUUUUUAGCUCCUAUCAGAUAUUUAGCAAUAGUAUAAAAUCACCUCACAGCUCUCUACUUUGGCAAUUUUCAAACAUCACUCCGAAAAGCCAUUUUCACCACUUCACUUCUCCAACCACAUCCAAGUGGGCUACUGACAUGAUAGAAAUCCUAGCUGUAGCAAAACACUACUGGAAUUUCUGGUGGGGUUUGAUCCUUUUUAAAAAAUUAUUAUUAAUAUUAUUCCUAAAUGCCCACAAGAGUUUAUUUUAGAGCUUAAAGGAACUCUUAACUUUAAAGAGGCACCCAAGCAAAAAAGGAAGAUGUUUUCCAAAAACUGGUAGAGCUGAAACCAGGACACUAGAAGUCUAAACUAGUCUGUGUUCCAACUCAGCUUCUAGUGCUCAGAAACUCAAGAGCUUUGUGAAAAAUGUGCUGUGAAAAUGUUCCAAUACACCAAAUUGUUGGUUUUUUUCCCUAAAGCUAAAGAAAUUAUUUCUAAACCAUUUCCAUCCCUGUGUUACACGGAUGAGUUUUUUUUAAGGUCUGAGUACUCAUUUCUUAAAUCCCUCUCUUCUGAAAUGAAGUCACUACUACAGAAUCACAAAGGUCACAAGGGCCAACCACAGGGAAAUCUCAAACCCAACUGUAAACACUCUCCAAGAUCAGGUAAAUAGGUCCAGCUUAUGGUAUAGGGCCAUGUGGGUCAACCUGGAGUCCUGGAGGCAGGCAGAGGCCCCAGAUAGGGCUGGAGACAGCAACAGGUUAGAUUUGAUGAGGAGGAAGAGAAAGAAGUAAGAAAGAGCAUGUGGUUUGAACUUACUUUCAUGUUUACACUGCUGGAUUUGAUGCUCUGUUCAACCAUCCCAGUACUGCAGUCAGAGGCACAGAAAAUAUUUCCUUAUCUGUGCUGACAGGCUCAGACACUCAAGAGAACACUGAGUUCAACUUAAAACCAUGGAGAAAGCUUCUAGAACUAAGUGAAGAAACUGAGAAUGUGGGAGUUAGAUAGAAUCAUAUAAAGUCACUGGGUGAGAAACUUAAUUAGGAUUUAGGGUUUAAGUUAUAUUAGUGAAAAAGAGACAACAUGGAGGAUUUAAGGUGUUGUCCCUUUCUCCUUCUUCUUCAUCUUCUUCUUCUAGGGUUUUUGGGUAAUAACAGGUGAUUGGAUAGAAGAAUCCGUAUUGCAGGACACAGAUGUUUGGUUAUUGGGUUGUUAAUGAAAAUAAGUUAUUUGGCAUUUCAUUACUGGAUAGGUUGACACUUAAAAUACCUUGAAGAGAUUCUUUGUCCCUCCAUUUUGCACCUUGUUACCCCUACUGUACAUAGCUCCUUGUAGUCUGUAAAUAUGUCAUACAGAUAAGGAAAAAUAAACAACUGAGC